AUGGCACCCGCUGAGGCACGUGAACGGCAGCAGAGGGGGCAGACGGCCGCACGAGGGGCCAGAGAGCAUGGGGGGACACCUGACGGGCGGGAAGGGGAGGGGUUGGGGGGUGGGAAACGGCAUCUCCUUGGCACGACCUACGUCGUCACCGCCCCCCAUCGCCGCGACACACCGUCGCUGCCCCCCUCCCCCCCCCUCCCCCUUUUUUCCGCCGCCGCGCCUUCUCUGGCGCCGCCUGCACAUCCCGCCGCGACGCCUCGUCGCCGCCUCCUCCUCCCCCUGCCGCGACCCCCCGUCGCCGUCUCCCUCCCGCCGCCGCGCCUACUUCGGCGUCGCCCGCGCAUCCCUCCGCCGCGACGCCCCGUCGUCGCCUGCCCCUCCCGCUGCCGCGACGUCGCGUCGCCGCCUCCCCCCACCGCCGCCGCGCCUUCCUCGGCGCCGCCUGCGCAUCCCGCCGCCGCGACGCCCCGUCGUCGCCUCCUGUCCCGCCGCCGCGACUUCGCGUCGCCGCCUGCACUCCCCAUCGCCGCGACCCCCCCGUCGCCGCCUACGCAUCCCGCCGCCGCGACCCGCUCGUCGCCGCCUGCACGAUCCGCCGCCGCGACUUCGCGUCGCCGCCUGCACGACCCGCCGCCGCGACUUCGCGUCGCCGCCUGCACGACCCGCCGCCGCGACUUCGCGUUGCCGCCUGCGCAUCCCGCCGCCGCGACCUUCUCGUCGCCGCCUGCACCCCUGCCGCCGCGACCUUCUCGUCGCCGCCUGCACCCCUUGCCGCCGCGACCUAAAGUCGCCGCCCGCGCGACCUCCUGCCGCGACCUGCUCGUCGCCGCCCGCACAUCCCGUCGCCGCGACCUAACAAUCGCCGCCCCCGCAUCCUACCGCCGCGACCUGCUCGUCGCCGCCCGCGCAUCCCGCCGCCGCGCCUUCCUCGUCGCCGCCCGCGCAUCCCACCGCCGCGCCUUCCCCGUCGCCGCCCGCGCAUCCCUCCGCCGCGCCCUCCUCGUCGCCGCUCGCUCAUUCCGCCGCCACGAUUCCCUCGUCGCCAUCCGCGCAUCCCGCCGCCGAACGUUCCUCCAGCAGCAGCGGCAGCAGCGGCAGCAGCGGCAGCAGCGGCAGCAGCGGCAGCAGCUGCAUCCACCAUCGUCCUCCCCCUCCUCCCCUCCCCCCCCCCCCUCCCCCCCCCCCCCCCCCCCCCCCCCCCCCCUCCUCCCUCUCGGCUGCCGCGGGUCCACCCGCCGUCGCCCUCCCACUUGCCCGCCGCGGGUCCACCCGCCGCCGUCCACCUCGAGGCCGCCGCGGGUCCACCCGCCGUCGCCCCUCAUGGCUACCACUCCUCCCCCUCUCCCCCCUCCCAUUGACGCCUCCUCCGUCGACAAGCUUCAGCUUGCCGCGGACCGCUCGGCGAUCAACUGGCAUUCCUUCGUCGGGAGCAUCCGCCGUGUUCUCCAAGAUGCAUUCGUCGGACCCUACUGCGUCCUUGACGUCCUCCUCCGCCGCCCGCAAGCCCUCCAGCCCACGGCACCCAAUCACCCCGGCGAACCCCCUCCACCCCCCAUUCCUCCUGGUCCUCCUCCUCCUGAACCCACCUUGGAGAUCGCCACUUCCCCAGCGCUCCAAGAUGCCGCCGAUGCCGCAUUUCUCCACGAUCGCCGCGAAUACCUCAUCCGCAAGGCGGAGCAUGAGGUUGCGGUACAUAACCACGACUUCGCGGUAGCGGAACGCGCCAAUCGCCUGGCGCUCCUUGAUGAGUACAAUACGGCCAUGGCGGACUACCUCCCUCGGAGCAUCGCAUGGGCCACUGCUGACAACCGCGCCUGCACCAUCCUCCUCGGCGCACUCCCUGAUACCCUCAUGCGCCGUUUCCAAGCUCGCGAGAUGCGCGCCUCCCUCAUCUGGGCCGAGCUCCAGGCCAUGUUCGAGCGUCGCGACAUCAGCUCUGUCGGCGCCCUGUUCCAGGAGUACUUCUCCAUCACCCUCGCCACUUGUGAUGGCGCAGUUGACUACGUGGGGCGCAUGCAGGAGGUCGCUGAUCGCCUUGCGGCACGCCAAGCUGCCCUCCCCGAGCCCCUGCAAAUCCACCGCCUCCUCUACAACCUCACCCCGGACUACGAGUCCCGCCUCCAUGCCUUCACUGAGGCCAACCCCAUGGCCGGCCUCGACGACGUGGUCCAGUGGAUCAUUGACACGGAGGUCAAGCUCCGCACCCCCGUUGUCAACCUUACCACCCCUCAGUCCUCCUCCACCUCCCUCAACGUUACGCAGCCGCGCAACCAGGGUGGUCGCAGCGGCGGCGGCGGAGGCCGUGGAGCGGGUGGCGGUGGUGGUGGUGGAGGCCGUGGUGGUGGCGGUGGUGGUAGUUGUGGCCGUGGUGGCCGUGGUGGCGGUGGUGGUGGUGCUGGCAGCGCCCCUGCUGGAGGUGCUUGUUCCCGACACUUCUGGUAG